AUGGUCUUUCGUAUUACAGAGAAACACCUCGUCCUCCUUCGUGAUGGGCGGACAUUAAUUGGAUAUUUGCGAAGCAUUGAUCAGUUUGCCAACCUGGUGCUCCAGCAGACCCUGGAACGCAUUCACGUGGGCCGCAAGUACGGCGAUAUCCCACGAGGAAUAUUUGUCGUGCGCGGAGAGAAUGUGGUGCUGCUGGGAGAGAUUGACCUGGAGAAAGAGAGUGCCUCCUCACUGCAGCCCGUGAGCAUUGAGAAGAUUUUGGAAGAGCUCCAGCAGGAGCAGGAUUUGCGGCACCGUCAGGAGAAGCUCAAGUUCCAGGUUUUGAAGGAGCGUGGGAUCCUGCUCCCUCACUUCGACACGCUGGACGACUAUUGAUGGUGUGGGGAGGGGGUGUGGGGGGGGGGAGCCACUUGGAUCCUGGGCCUUGAGUUGGGGGGUGGAGCUUUCCCCUGAGCUGGAGGGAGUCAGGACAGUGACCUCCCCCACCCGCUGAUGCCCAUCUCCUCGCCCAUGCACC